AAAUCUUUGAAUGAGAGCUUGUUAGUGCCCACAAAUUAUUUGUGGAAUAACAAUUGGACAAAUCAACCUAAUGCUGCAGAGAGCUUUCCACAGCAAACCAAUGCUUUUCCAGGAAUGUCCAAUGGUAUGGACAAUGUCAGUCUGCCUAGCGAAAUGAGCAGCGUGGGCGGGCAAGUGAUGUAUGGGAGUACAAGUGUGGUUGCUGGUGAGGAGUUGGGAACAAAGAGAAGGAAGCUUAUGAAAAGUGACGCGGCGGUUGGUUUUCCAAAGAUUUGCGAAAUGUGCAAUGUCACUACUAAUAGCCCUGAAGUUUACAGGAUGCAUUUGGCUGGGAGAAAGCAUGCUGCUCAGGCUAACUUAAUGCAUGGAAGGGCUGGGUUGAAUUCUGCUCCCAAAAUCCAAUCCAAGUCCAAUGGCAUUGUAAAGAAAGAUCCAAACAGAGUCAAGUUUCCUCAGUGUGUAUGGUGUGAAUAUUGCAAGAUAUUCUGUAACAGCCAGGAUGCCUAUGGCAAACAUAUAGUCGGAAGGAAACAUCAGAGGAACUUGGAUCAACUCAAAGAGUUGAAGAACAAAGGGAGUGCCCCGACCACAAAUGUUCCAUCAGGUGCAAUAAAUCCACAAAUUGGUCCCAUGGAAAAGGUUUCCCACUCAAAGGCUCCUUCCAAAGAAGAUUUGGAAACGAAAAAGCAAAAGGUUAUAAGUGGAGGAGCAGCAGCCAAGGAGGUUAGAACGUGCACUAUUUGCAAUGUGGUUUGCAACAGCCAGAUAGCUUUCAGUUCACACCUUUCUGGUCAGAAGCAUGCUGCAAUGGCGGCGAAGCAAGUAGCAGGUUCCAGUGUCUAAUUGCUUCGGACAACAACGGGGACAUCAACUUUAGCAUCCUUUAACAGUUGAAGUUGCAUGCAUUUUUAUGGGGUAUGUGUACUGGUAGUCUGGUACCCUUUACAACUUGGAUGACAUGAUGUAAUCCAAGGCCAUUAUUAUAUGUGUUGGCCUUAUUCUUGACAAUGUUGUAAAGUGAGGUGGUUUUGGGUGAAGAACACAAGACUCCCUGUCUGUAAAGUUGGAAUGACUUAACGGUCCGACCUAAGUAUCCAGAUUGAAAGACCUUCUCCAA